GCCUGAGCUGUUAGGCGUCAUGGGGCGGGCUGCUCUUCCUGCUUCAACCUGAAACCAAACCACUGUUAGGCGCCUCUCUAUCACCACCACACCGCUUCACCUGUCGUCCAUCCUGCACGUCUUUCGUCCCUGGUCAAGCCCUGUUCUCCGGCGGUGCCUGGGAGUCCAGACAGAGUACAGACGAGGGGGGGAGGGGGGUGACUGGAUUUACUUCACCUGAGGCGGAAGCAGAGGGAGGAUUGAUGUUUGUCUCUAUUGUUUUCCGUUGAGGCCCCGUGUUCCUGUGUCUCUAUGUGUGUGUGUGUGUGAGCAGGACCGUGCACAGGAAGUCACUUUUUAUUUGUUUGAGGCGUGAGAUGUGGAGACGCUGAGCUUAAAGAUGGAGUCGCUGACGUCGUACUUUGGCCCGUUGUGCGGGAAAGAGGAACAGAAAGAGGAGGAGAGACACUUUCGAGCGAACGACAGACCUUUCAACCUGUCUUACCACUAUGCCGACAACGCCAUCAAGACCUCCAAAUACAACCUUUUCACCUUCCUGCCGCUCAACCUCUUCGAGCAGUUCCGGAGGCUCGCCAAUGCCUACUUCCUCUUCCUCAUGGUCCUCCAGCUCAUCCCGCAAGUCUCCUCUCUGUCCUGGUUCACCACGGCCGUCCCUCUGUUCUUGGUGCUGACCAUAACGGCCGUCAAAGACGCCAGCGAUGACAUAAACCGGCACAGAAGCGACAAGCAGGUGAAUAACCGCAUGGUGGACGUCCUCAUCGAUGGAGAACUGAGAAAUGAAAAAUGGAUGAAUGUUCAGGUUGGAGACAUAAUCAAGCUGGAGAAUAAUCAGUUUGUCACAGCCGACCUCAUGUUGCUGUCCAGCAGUGAGCCUCUUAACCUGGUCUACGUGGAAACGGCUGAGUUGGACGGUGAAACCAAUCUGAAGGUGAAACAGGCCCUGACUGUAACCGGAGACAUGGGGGACAGCACCGACUCGCUGGCCGGCUUCAAGGGUGAAGUGCGGUGUGAGCCUCCCAACAACCGUCUAGAUAAGUUCAGAGGAACCCUCUCCCUGGACGGACAGACCUACUCUCUGGACAAUGACAAGGUGCUGCUCAGAGGAUGCACCCUGAGGAACACUGAGUGGUGCUUCGGUCUGGUCAUCUUCGGAGGUCCCGACACCAAGCUGAUGCAGAACAGUGGAAAGACAAUAUUCAAACGGACGAGCAUUGAUCACCUGAUGAAUGUCCUGGUGUUGUGUAUCUUCGGCUUCCUGGCGUCUAUGUGCACCGUUCUGGCCAUCGGCAAUGGAAUCUGGGAGGUGAGGGAGGGCUCAGUGUUCACAAUCUUCCUCCCCCGUGAGCAAGGGGUUAACGCCGCCCUCUCCUCCUUCCUCUCCUUCUGGUCCUACGUCAUCGUGCUCAACACGGUGGUGCCUAUCUCUCUCUACGUCAGUGUGGAGAUCAUCCGUCUGGGGAACAGCUUCUUCAUCGACUGGGACAGGAAGAUGUAUUACCCCAAGAGCGACACCCCGGCUCAGGCGAGGACCACCACGCUCAACGAGGAGCUGGGCCAGAUCAAAUACAUCUUCAGCGACAAGACCGGCACCCUGACGCAGAACAUCAUGACUUUCAACAAGUGCUCCAUCAAUGGGAAAGCUUACGGGGAGCUGUUCGACUUCUCUGGACAAAGGGUAGAGAUAACGGAGAAGAGUGAGAAAGUGGACUUCUCCUGGAACCAGCUGGCCGAUCCAAAGUUCUUCUUUCACGACCACAGUCUGGUGGAGACGGUGAGAGAGGGAAACCCGGAGGCUCAGGCCUUCUUCCGUCUGCUGGCUCUGUGCCACACCGUUAUGCCCGAGGAAAAGGAAGAGGGCGAGCUCUUCUAUCAGGCUCAGUCUCCCGACGAGGGCGCUCUGGUGACCGCGGCGAGGAACUUCGGUUUCGUGUUCCGCUCGCGCACGCCAGAGACCAUCACGGCCGUGGAGAUGGGCCGACAGGUGGUCUACGAACUCCUGGCCGUUCUCGACUUCAACAACGUACGCAAGAGGAUGUCGGUCAUAGUGCGUAGCCCCGAAGGCAAGUUGACUCUUUACUGCAAAGGAGCCGACACCAUCAUCUAUGAAAGACUGCACCCGUCCUGCAACAAGCUGAAGGAGGUGACCACCGGACACCUCAACGAGUAUGCAGGGGACGGCCUUCGCACGCUGGUCCUGGCCUACAAGGACUUGGAUGAGAGCUACAUGGAUGAGUGGAAACUGCGCCACCACGAGGCCAGCACCGCAAUGGGGGACCGAGAGGAGAGGCUGGAUCAGCUUUACGAAGAGAUAGAGAAAGACCUGCAGCUGUUGGGAGCGACGGCUGUGGAGGACAAGCUGCAGGACGGCGUUCCACAGACCAUAGAGCAACUGGCUAAAGCUGACAUCAAGAUCUGGGUGUUGACUGGUGAUAAACAGGAGACGGCGGAGAACAUCGGCUACUCCUGCAACAUGCUCAGAGAGGAGAUGAAGGAGAUUUUCGUUGUGGCAGCCAACACGGCUGAAGCAGUCAAAGAGGAGCUACGGAAUGCUCGGAGGAUAAUGUGUCCAGACUCAGCGGAGGAGCCGUCUGUGAUCAAGGCUCGAGCCGGCCUGUUCUGGUUUCAGAAGAUUGAGAGAGUGGAGGACGAGAAGGUGGACGGAGAUUAUGGCCUCGUUAUAAACGGGCACAGUCUGGCCUUCGCACUGGAUACGGACCUGCAGCUGGAGCUGCUGAGGACAGCAUGCAUGUGCCAGACAGUGAUUUGCUGCAGGGUCACCCCUCUGCAGAAGGCCCAGGUGGUUCAGCUGGUCAAGAAAUACAAGCAGGCCAUCACUCUGGCCAUUGGCGACGGGGCCAACGAUGUCAGCAUGAUCAAGGCUGCUCAUAUCGGUGUGGGUAUCAGCGGUCAGGAGGGCAUGCAGGCGGUUCUCUCCAGCGACUACUCCUUCGCCCAGUUCCGUUACCUUCAGCGCCUCCUGCUGGUGCACGGUCGCUGGUCCUACCUGCGCAUGUGCAAGUUCCUGCAAUAUUUCUUUUACAAGAACUUCACCUUCACCUUCGUGCAUUUCUGGUACGCCUUCUUCUGCGGCUUCUCUGCUCAGACUGUGUAUGACGAGUGGUUCAUCACAUUGUACAACCUGGUUUACACGGCACUUCCUGUCCUCGGCAUGAGCAUCUUUGACCAGGACGUGAAUGACCGCUGGAGCUUCCAGUACCCUCAGCUCUACACUCCGGGCCAGCUCAACCUAUACUUCAGUAAGAAGGCCUUCGUGCGCUGCAUGAUGCACAGCUGCUACAGCUCCCUCAUCCUCUUCUUCAUCCCGUGGGCCGCCAUGCACGACACGGUCCGAGACGACGGUAAAGACAUCGCCGACUACCAGUCCUUCGCUCUGCUGGCGCAGACCUGUCUGCUGAUCGUGAUGAGCAUACAGCUGUGUCUGGACACCUCUUACUGGACGGCAGUGAACCAGUUCUUUGUGUGGGGCAGCCUGGCCGCUUACUUCGCCGUCACAUUAACCAUGUACAGCAACGGCAUGUUCCUCAUCUUCACCUCCUCUUUCCCCUUCAUCGGCACAGCAAGAAACUCUCUGAACCAGCCCAACGUCUGGCUCACCGUCUUCCUGACGUCCCUCCUCUGCAUUCUGCCGGUGGUGGCUUUCCGCUUCAUCCUCAUUCAGCUUUGGCCCACCGCCAACGACAAGGUGAGACAUAAGGUGCGGAAGGAGGCGCUGCCGGCGCCGGCGCCUCGCCGCCCCCCCGCCAGGCGGAUCAGCACCCGUCGCUCCGGCUACGCCUUCUCCCACGCGCAGGGCUACGGCGACCUGGUGACGUCUCGGAGGUUCCUGCUGAGGCUGCCCCUGAGGAGCCGCCCGGUGCUGUUCACACAGACGGACUCCCCGUUGGCUCAGAACCAGCCGCAGCACUACCGCACCAUCACAGAGGAGGCAGAGGACUCGCAGACACCCCCACCGACCAGAGGGGCGGCCGCAGCACAGUGAGCGGGAACCUGGUCGAACAUAUACACCUAAAACUGAGUCUGACUCCAACUCAAGUUUUAUUAAAUUGAAUGGAUGAAUAUCACUGUGAAGAUGUUGAACUUGACAGCACAAACAACCUUAAAGGACCACACGGGUGCUUUUGUGUGUUUCAGCAACACUCAUACAGUAUAUACUGCAGUCUACAUCACUGCUGAGCAUUUUCCAAAGCGUACCUACCACAAGGUUUUAUACCGAUUUUCUUCCUCCCAAUUUAUUCUAUUAUAACGACAAUCAACAAAUGUUUUUAAGCAGGGAUGCAAACUUGAAUCUCUCAGAUGCUGAAAAGCCCUUAUUAAUUGCAAAAAGGAGAAAUUCCAGUUAAUUUCAAUUCAACUUUAUUGGCAUUACACUGCAAAUCAGUCUUUCAGGAUUAUGCAACCUGUGAUCGUGCAAGACUGAUCGUGUAGAUUUCUCACGACCUAUCUCAGACUUACGGUAAGCUUCAUGAAAUGGCCAGAAAUAUUGGAUACAGUUUGUCCUUAACAAGCUCAAAUAUAUGCAAAACCAGGAAACUGCGAUGAGAUUAACUCUGUGUCAUGAACACCAAAUUGUUGUGAUUUUAUAGAACGUUAAGUUGAAAUGAAAUGUAAAUGAAUGAAUGUAAAAGGUUGCCACAUGACUGAUCUGGAGGAACUGUAUCACCACACUGCCUGCAACAUGAAGUUGCAUUUUGUACCUUUUUUAAUUGUUAGUUUUUUCUUCCAGUGAAUUGUCAAUAUUCAGGGUGUCAUUCUUAGAAAGCAUAAAACAGCGAUUUCAGUUGAAAUCCACGAUGAACCUAUUUUCACUGUUUACAUAAUUAUAUACAAAUUUUUAAAAAAUGUUUUAUUAUUGCUCUGCUCUGUUUCUGUCGCCUGUGAAGAGAUGUAUAACUCUGCAGUAUUCUUUUUCUCCAUACCAGUAACAUUAAAGGUACAGUGAUGGUUUAGUUGUCAUAGAGGGACCAGCAGGCAGCACAUUCAUAAAAUAACUUUUUUUCAGUCCAAA